AUGACUGGCUUUGAUGUCUUGGACUUCUUUGAACCCUGCGGAAGGAUAAGCUGUCUUCGAGAUGAGCUAUCUGUGACUUCGGACAAAAAAAAAGUUGACGCCAGUACGUUAAAAGAAAAUGAAGACGCUGCUUUACCUGAUGAUAGAACUACGACUAUAGAUGUCCUUGAUUUGCCUCAUAUUUCUCUCAAGCCUCCAAAAAAUGUCUUGGUUGCCAUACUACGGAUACUAAAACUAGAACAACAGUGCAAUUUUGGACCUGGCGUUGAAAAUUUGACACCCUCUCAAUUUUUAUCAAAUAGAGAUCUCACCAUAGAAGAUAUAAGUGAUAUUCUACCUUGGUUAACCAUUCAUUCUCCCCGCAUUGCAUCGCUCGAUUCAUUUUGUCAAAUUGGGUCGACAUUCACAGACUCUAGGGAUAUCGUCAGAUAUUUAACAACAAUCCUGUCAUCCCCUUUGAAUUGGCUACAGGAUCCUGAUGUGGAAGACAUCUACAAGGCUGCAAGCUCAAGACUUUCGGAAAGAUGUGGCAGAACUUCUAUACCGGACUUCGUCCGCAAAAUAGUCCUAAAAAAUCUCUAUGAAAGAACUGGAUGUGAGAGUAUUCAGCUAAAAGAACCUUCUUUAACAUCGGACAAUUUGGGAUUAAAAACCUGGGGAUCAUCCUUCAUACUGUCCCAGAGAUUAAUUAAUGAUGAUCAAAGAUAUCUCAAAGAACCAAUAAUGGAAUUAGGCGCUGGAACAGGGUUGAUAGGAAUCGUUGUGGCCCACCUGGGGUAUCACGUAACAUUGUCAGAUCUCCCGGAAAUCCUCCCAAAUUUGAAGGAAAACAUCAAGUUGAAUCAUGCCAGUGCCCAAGCCGAUUGUCAUGAGCUGGAUUGGACUCGGCCGGACCCAUUCAUCAAAGAAAAUCCCAACUCUUUGAAAGGCUAUAACACCCUUAUUUUCUCAGAUCCAGUGUAUUCUACGAAUCAACCUCGUUGGGUAGCAGACAUUUCAGAGAAAUUUCUUAGGAAAUCUACUGAGGCACACAUCCUGCUCCAAGUGCCCAUUAGAUCUGGAUUCCAAAAGGAGCGGGACAAACUAUGGGCAUUAAUGGAAGACAAGGGUUUUCAGCUAGUGGAGUCGCAUCAACAAGAUGGGUACGAUGAUUUUGGAGAGCAAAAGUUCGUAUUCCGAGUGUAUAAAUGGUACUCCAGUUAUUUGUAG